AAAAAAGUAACGUGUGUGUGUUUGUGUCGGUGUGUACAUAAUACUUACGAAGGAAUUAUUAAAGUGUGCCUAAUUAGGAAAUUCCAACUUGGUAAGCAUGCAUGCUUUCUAUAAAAAGAGACAACAUGUGGACACAAUAAUUCAUUUCCCAAGAGAAGUAAAAAACAAUGAAGGGAGAUCUGAGAAAUGGGGUUUACGUUGGAUUGGUGGUGAUGCUCUAUGCGUGUAUUGUCGUUGUACAACUCGAAGCAGCGUUGGAAACAAAGACAUGUUUCCAAAGGAAGAGUCCAUGUUUCCUAAAGAAGCAAACUUGCCCAAAGCAAUGUCCUUCGUUUUCCCCUCCCAAUGGCAGUACCAAGGCAUGCGUCAUCGAUUGCUUUAACCCUAUUUGCAAAGCCACUUGCCGAAAUAGGAAGCCUAAUUGCAACGGCAAAGGAUCAGCAUGCUUAGAUCCACGUUUCAUCGGCGGAGAUGGCAUCGUCUUCUACUUUCAUGGAAAACGCGACGAGCAUUUUGCACUAAUCUCUGACGUUGACUUCCAAGUCAACGCACGUUUCAUUGGUCUUAGACCUAAUGGUCGGGCCAGAGAUUUUACGUGGAUACAAUCCUUAGGUCUAAUCUUCGGCCCCAACAGCAAAACCUUCUCACUCGAGGCUACAAAAGCCGAGAAAUGGGAUCACCAAGUUGACCACCUCCGUCUUUCCUACGAAGGAAAAGAGAUCUCUUUACCAAAAGGAGAUACAUCAGUGUGGAGUCCUCCUCUAGGAGACUAUAUAAAGAUCGAGAGAACUUCUGACAUAAACUCCGUGUUGGUCACGUUACAAGACAUUGCCGAGAUUUGGAUCAACGUGGUUCCGGUGACAAAAGAAGACGACAUAAUCCAUAAAUACGGGAUACCGGAGGAUGACUGUUUUGCUCAUCUUGAGGUUCAGUUCCGGUUCUUGAAGUUGUCAUCAAACGUGGAAGGUGUUUUAGGAAGAACGUAUAAAGAAGAUUUCAAGAAUCCGGCGAAACCUGGCGUUGCUAUGCCGGUUGUUGGUGGCGAAGAUAAAUACAGAACAGCGUCACUUCUUGAAACAAGUUGUAAUGCAUGUGUUUACUCUGGUGGCUCAAGAAGUUUGGACAAGAUUGAGCCAUUGUUGCUGAAUCAAAACACUGUUGAUUGCACCGGUGGAUCCAGCAGUGGUGUUGGAAUCUUUUGCAGAAAAUAAAGAAAAUUGAGCUAAAGUUUUGUGUUUGGAUAAAUAUUUAUUAAUAUUACCAUUGGGGUUUUGAAUUUGUUACGUGGUUAAAACACUUUUUUGUUAGAUACGAAAAUCAAUUGAGUUGACUUUGGAGGUGGAUCAGCGGCGAUCUAGAAACCAUUGUAUUAAAAGCAUAAUAAAAACAAAAAUAGAAAAAGCAAUAAUGAUAGAUGCAAAAAAUGUAAUUAAUGGUGGCAUUUAGAGGUUUGUACACAAAUUUAUUGGGUGGUUAACCUAAUUUUAACCAAAUAUUUCAC